UGAUUGGUUCUCGAGCGAUGUAGUAAUUCCGUUUGACGUUAAGUGCAUCAACCAGUUCAGCGAACGUUGUCCGCUCUGUUUGGCUAAAACGUGACAACUCGGAGACAUUUGAAUAACAGACGACUCAAGCCGACCUCAGUGGGAGCAUGUGACAACAGUGCGAUGAGCGCUCACGUGACACACGAGAAGAUGAAGCAUCCACACGGUGACAAGUUAUGCCGACCGAUGCAUAAGUUGGAGUUGAUCAAACAGGGCCUGUCCUGGCCGGGGAAACAGAGGACUCUGCACGUGAGCCGCGUGCCCCUCGUGUUCCGAGAACCGUACGUUGCCACUGGCUACCGACCGCCCGACAAGCCGUGGAGCUACUACCUGGUGAGCGUGUGUGAGCUGCACAACGAGUCGGUGAACGUGUGGACGCACCUGCUGGCCUUCGUCGCCGUGCUGGCUCAGCUAUACCGCCUGUCGGGCCGCGUCCACCUCACGCAACACAAAGACGCGCAGACGCUCAUCGGCUUCAGCGUGGGCUGCCUGCUCAACACUCUGCUCAGCGCAGCCGCCCAUCUCCUGCACAGCAAGUCUGCGUGGUGGCACUACGUCUGGUUCCUCAUAGACUACGCUGGAGUCACCUACUAUAGCUUCGCAACAGUCCUAGGCUGUGUUUAUGUGUCGUCACAUCCGCUUGUGUACAGCGUCAUCGAGCCGUGCGUACUACCAAUCAAUAUUGCGUUAAGUUCAUUUGGAUUCCUAACAUGCUGCCUCGCAAAGCUGCGCUUCAGUGACCCCUACCAGCCCCAACGACAGCGACUGAUGGUGGCUGGUCUGGGCGUGCAGGCGCUGGUGGGCGCCUCGCCGGUCCUGGCUAGAUUCGUGCACUGCCUCCACGAUGACCACUGCAGCUUGUCCUCGCUCAACCACAUCUCGGUCGUCUUCCUGCUUCUUGCCGUGUGCGCAGUCACCUUUUCUGCACAUCUGCCUGAAAAACUAUGGGUCGGUCAGUUUGAUCUGUUUGGACAAGGGCACCAGAUUUUCCACGUGGUCAGCAUGGUAACUAUGGUAAUGGAACUAGAAGGCAUGUACAUCGACAUAAAAAAUGGUGCUGCACAACACACAUCGCCGGAUCUGAAGAAAAUGCUAGCAGCUUACCUCGUGCUUGUCAUCAUACAUGUAGCUAUUUUAGUGUCUUUAAAAGGACACAUACAAAACAAGGUCAAUGAUGUAUUGGAACACAUUAAAGAUGAAUAAUAUCGA